UAUCUUCCCCCCAGCAUUUCACUGGCUCCCGGAGCGAGAGGCAGGAGCCGCUCGGAGGGAAGAGGAAGGCUGCGCCUCCCCCGCGGCUCCCAGCCCGGCCGAUCUGGAGCCUGCAGGGGUGCGGGGAGAAGAGGACGCAGCGGGAGGGGCCCGGCUCUCUCCCGCGCCGCGCACAGCCCACCUCCCCGGGAGAAGCCCACGGAGAGACGCGCGGCGUCUCCGCCACGAGCUCUCGGAGUCGCGCGACCGGCCCGCCGACGAUGGUGGCGGCUCCGCGAGCCGGCUGCGGGGCAGCGCUGUCGCUCUGGAUGCUCAGCAGCCUCCUCUGCAGAGCCUGGACGGCCCCGGCCGCGUCCCAAAAAUGUGAUGAACCGCUUGUGUCUGGGCUCUCUCAUGGAGCUUUCAGCAGCUCAUCGUCCAUGUCUGGGAGCUAUUCUCCGGGCUACGCCAAGAUCAACAAGCGAGGGGGUGCUGGGGGAUGGUCUCCAUCCGACAGUGACCAUUAUCAAUGGCUUCAGGUUGACUUUGGCAAUCGGAAGCAGAUCAGUGCCAUUGCAACCCAAGGAAGAUACAGCAGCUCAGACUGGGUGACCCAGUACCGCAUGCUGUACAGUGACACUGGGAGAAACUGGAAGCCCUAUCAUCAGGAUGGGAACAUCUGGGCAUUUCCUGGGAACAUCAACUCUGAUAGUGUGGUUCGUCAUGAUUUACAGCAUCCAGUGAUCGCCCGCUAUGUGCGCAUCGUGCCCCUGGACUGGAAUGGAGAAGGCCGCAUUGGGCUCAGAGUUGAGGUCUAUGGCUGUUCUUACUGGGCCGAUGUUAUCAACUUUGAUGGCCACGUUGUGUUGCCAUAUAGAUUCAGAAACAAGAAGAUGAAGACCCUGAAGGAUGUCAUUGCUUUGAAAUUUAAAACCUCUGAAAGUGAAGGGGUGAUCUUGCAUGGGGAAGGACAGCAAGGGGAUUACAUUACCCUGGAACUGAAAAAAGCCAAGCUGGUCUUCAGCUUAAACCUAGGAAGCAAUCAGCUCGGCCCCAUCUACGGCCACACGUCCGUGACGACUGGAAGUCUGCUGGAUGAUCACCACUGGCACUCCGUGGUCAUUGAGCGCCAGGGCCGGAGCAUUAACCUCACCCUGGACAGGGGCGUGCAGCACUUCCGCACCAACGGAGAGUUCGACUACCUGGACCUGGACUACGAGAUAACCUUUGGAGGCAUACCUUUCUCUGGGAAGCCAAGUUCCAGUGGUAGAAAGAACUUCAAAGGCUGCAUGGAAAGCAUUAAUUACAAUGGUAUCAACAUAACUGAUCUCGCAAGAAGGAAGAAACUAGAGCCCUCAAAUGUGGGAAAUUUGAGUUUCUCGUGUGUGGAGCCCUACACAGUGCCUGUCUUUUUCAAUGCUACCAGUUACCUGGAGGUACCAGGACGACCUAACCAGGACCUGUUUUCAGUCAGUUUCCAGUUCAGGACUUGGAACCCAAAUGGUCUCCUGCUUUUCAGUCAGUUUGCAGAUAAUUUGGGCAAUGUGGAGAUUGACCUCACGGAAAGCAAAGUUGGUGUUCACAUCAAUGUCACGCAGACGAAGAUGAGCCAAAUAGAUAUCUCUUCAGGUUCUGGACUGAAUGACGGACAGUGGCAUGAAGUUCGUUUCCUAGCUAAGGAAAAUUUUGCCAUUCUCACCAUCGAUGGGGACGAGGCUUCAGCUGUUCGAACUAAUAGUCCUCUUCAAGUUAAAACUGGCGAGAAGUACUUUUUUGGAGGUUUUCUGAACCAGAUGAAUAACUCCAGUCACUAUGUCCUUCAGCCUUCAUUCCAAGGGUGCAUGCAGCUCAUCCAAGUGGAUGACCAACUGGUGAAUUUAUAUGAAGUGGCACAGAGGAGGCCGGGGAGUUUUGCGAACGUCAGCAUCGACAUGUGCGCCAUUAUAGACAGAAGCAGCGUGUGGUCUCCACACACAGUUGGAAAAAAACCAGCAAGAGAGAGAUUGGUGAGGUGCCAUGUCCAUUGGAAAAGCAUGUCUAAUUCAAGAUUAAUGAUAAUAAGGUGGAGUGAAAUGAAGAGGAAGCCAAAACCUCAUAUGGGCAUAUGUGUGCCCAAUCACUGUGAGCAUGGCGGGAAGUGUUCGCAAACAUGGCACAGCUUCCAGUGCGCUUGUGAGGAGACGGGAUACAGUGGGGCCACCUGCCACAACUCGAUCUAUGAGCCUUCCUGUGAAGCCUACAAACACCUGGGCCAGACGUCCAAUUACUACUGGAUAGAUCCUGAUGGCAGUGGACCUCUGGGGCCUCUGAAAGUCUACUGCAACAUGACAGAGGACAAAGUGUGGACCAUAGUGUCUCACGACUUGCAGAUGCAGACCACGGUGGUGGGCUACAGCCCGGAGAAGUACUCGGUGACACAGCUCGUGUACAGCGCCUCCAUGGACCAGAUCAGCGCCGUCACCAGCAGCGCGGAGCAUUGCGAGCAGUACGUCUCCUAUUUCUGCAAGAUGUCGAGGUUGUUGAACACCCCAGAUGGCAGCCCUUACACCUGGUGGGUUGGCAAAGCCAAUGAGAAGCACUACUACUGGGGCGGCUCCGGGCCUGGCAUUCAGAAGUGCGCCUGCGGCAUCGAGCGGAACUGCACAGACCCCAGAUACUACUGUAACUGUGAUGCGGAUUAUAAGCAGUGGAGGAAGGACGCUGGCUUCUUAUCCUAUAAAGACCACCUGCCAGUAAGCCAGGUGGUAGUUGGAGAUACCGACCGGCAAGGCUCAGAAGCCAAACUGAGCGUGGGCCCCCUGCGUUGUCAAGGAGACAGGAAUUACUGGAAUGCUGCUUCCUUCCCAAAUCCGUCAUCCUACCUGCACUUCUCUACUUUCCAAGGGGAAACUAGUGCCGACAUUUCUUUCUACUUCAAAACGUUAAUCCCCCGGGGAGUGUUUCUGGAAAAUCUGGGCAACACGGAUUUCAUCAAACUGGAGCUGAAAUCUGCCACCGAAGUGUCCUUUUCGUUUGAUGUUGGAAAUGGGCCGGUGGAGAUUGUGGUGCGGUCGCCCUCCCCUCUAAAUGACGACCAGUGGCACCGGGUCACCGCGGAGAGGAAUGUCAAGCAAGCCAGCUUACAGGUGGAUCGGCUGCCGCAGCAGAUCCGCAAGGCACCCACAGAAGGUCACACGCGCCUGGAGCUCUACAGCCAGCUCUUUGUUGGUGGCGCCGGGGGCCAGCAGGGCUUCCUCGGCUGCAUCCGCUCCCUGAGGAUGAACGGGGUGACGCUGGACCUGGAGGAAAGAGCGAAGGUCACGUCCGGCUUCAAAUCCGGCUGCUCGGGCCACUGCACCAGCUACGGGGCCAACUGUGAGAACGGAGGCAGGUGUCUAGAGAAAUACCACGGCUACUCCUGCGACUGCUCACACACGGCCUACGAUGGCACAUUUUGCAACAAGGAUGUUGGCGCAUUUUUUGAAGAGGGGAUGUGGCUACGGUAUAACUUCCAGACAUCGGGGGUCAGCAGCAAAGAAUCGGGCGUCAGGUCAGACAGCUCCCCUGAUCAGCAGAGUGCCCCUGCCGACCUGGCACAUGAGGGGAUCCGCUUCAGCUUCAGUACCUCCAAGGCGCCCUGCAUUCUCCUCUACGUGAGCUCCUUCACGACAGACUUCUUGGCAGUGCUCAUCAAACCCACCGGAAGCUUACAGAUUCGGUACAACCUGGGCGGCACCAGGGAGCCCUACAACAUUGAUGUAGAUCAUAGGAACAUGGCCAAUGGACAACCCCACAGCGUUAACAUCACCCGGCACGAGAGGACCAUAUUUCUCAAGCUCGAUCACUAUCCUUCUGUGAGUUACCAUCUGCCAAGCUCGGCUGACACACUGUUCAAUUCUCCGAAGUCGCUCUUUCUAGGAAAAGUUAUAGAAACAGGGAAGAUCGACCAAGAGAUUCACAAAUACAACACCCCGGGAUUCACUGGGUGCCUCUCCAGGGUCCAGUUCAACCAGAUUGCGCCUCUCAAGGCAGCCUUGAGGCAGACGAACGCCUCAGCCCACGUGCACAUCCAGGGUGAGCUGGUGGAGUCCAACUGCGGAGCCUCCCCGCUGACCCUCUCCCCCAUGUCGUCCGCCACCGACCCCUGGCACCUAGAUCACUUGGAUUCAGCCAGUGCUGAUUUUCCAUAUAAUCCAGGCCAAGGUCAAGCUAUAAGAAAUGGAGUCAACAGAAACUCGGCUAUCAUUGGAGGGGUCAUCGCUGUGGUGAUUUUCACCAUUCUCUGCACCUUGGUCUUCCUCAUUCGCUACAUGUUCCGCCACAAGGGCACCUACCACACCAAUGAAGCAAAGGGAGCAGAGUCUGCAGAGAGCGCCGACGCCGCCAUCAUGAACAACGACCCCAAUUUCACAGAGACCAUUGAUGAGAGCAAAAAGGAAUGGCUCAUCUGAGGGGUGGCUCUUUGGCUAUGGGAGAGGGAAGGGCGAGUUAUUAGGGAGGAGGGAAAGGGACAAAAGCACCCUACUUCAUACUCUUGAGCACAUCCUUAAAAUAUCAGCACAAGUUGGGGGAGGCAAGCAACAGAAAAUUCUGGAGACGGAUUGCCACACAAAAAAAAUACUUUUUAAUAUUUCUUUAUAGCUGAGAUUCCCCUUCUGUAUCAACUCAAAAUAAUACAAAAAAUGCUUUUAGAGUUUAAGAAAUGGUUGAAAUUUGUAGGUAAUACCGUCUUAUUUUGUGUGUGUUUAGAGGUGUUCUAAAAAACCCAUGGUAACAGGGCAAGUUUUCUACAUUUUUAACAGCCCUUAGAAUGUGGAUAUUUUUUCUUGAGAAAAGCUGAUGCUCAUGGCCUCCAGCAUUCUCUUCCUUUUGCAUAUAGUCGAUUUUUAAUGGGCUAUCGUAGUAACUAGUUCGUGUUCAUACAGUAUUUCUUUUCGUGUCCUGUAAAUUGGAAAAGGAAAGAAAGGGGCAAAGAGAACAUAUUAUCUACCAGGUUUCAAAGAGUCCUCAAUCUAUGCCAAUUCUCUGAGAGCUCCCACCUGAAACAGGAAGGAAAGAAGGAAGAGAGCAUGGUCCCUGCUGUGUAACACCAGAACCAACACAACAGAGAGAAGCAUUAAGGACCAGGGAAGUAGUCUUCUGUUGGGAUUGUUGGUGUAUCUUUCAUCAAAUUCUACAAGCCAGUACUGUUCUUGUGUGUAGUCCUAGACCUAUUCACUGUCUGUGACUGUCAGCUAUAAUCCAGUGGUGAUCAGCUGUUACAAAAGAUUUCUCCUCUGCUUUACCUGCAACAUGUUAGGUUAUGUUGUAUGUUUGGGGGGGGCACCUCAAUGGGGAAUUAGAGCCAGAUGUUAAUGAUUUGCUCGCUCUGUUUCUUUUUUAGUUGUAGCAAGAGUAUGGACACUUUCUAGCAAAUGCAUAAAUUAGGUUGCUCUUCUUAAUUUGCUUUAAAUCUCUAGUUUUGAAGCCCCUGUGACAAAAUCCUAGCAGACCAGGUCCUCUGAAUGGACAUACCACAAUAAAGCCAAGUUAUGCUUGCUA